GACCAUAUCUCCUCUAUGCCUCUACUUGCAAAAACACCAUUUAUAUUAUAUUGUAUACUUUCUGAAACCAUGUAACUUAUAUACAAUUAAUGUUUCCUUCAGUCCAUCUAUUCUUUAUAUGCAUAAACGCACGUCACAUAUCUGAUAUUUCUGCAUAAAUGGCGUGGAUAUAAACAAGAUAUUUCAAAGAUAAAUGCAAGUUAACCUUUUACAGAAUGCUGACGAGGUUAAAAAAUUGUUAACUGUGUAGAACCUGUACGAUGAUGAAGUUCAAUUAUAUAAGGUCGUUAAUAUGCCGAACUUUGUCAACUGAUACCAAGGUGCAAGUACAAAAUGAAAUAACGUUACUUGGUCAUAAUUAUCCAAAAGAUGAAUGGACAAACAUAACCCCGAAUAUUAUUUCCAAACUGGGAAGAAACCUGCACCUUACUCGGUAUCAUCCUCUAUCUCAUAUCCGUCAACGCAUUGUUAAUUACUUUUAUACGCAAUUUCACAAUCGCAGUAGGAAUGUUACAUUUAGUGUUUAUGACAAUAUGUCUCCUAUUGUGACAACAGCUCAACAUUUUGAUUCUCUUCUUGUACCAAAGGAUCAUCCAAGUAGAACAAAAAUAGAUAGCUAUUAUGUAAAUGAAGAUACUUUACUACGAGCCCAUACAACAGCACAUCAAGUCGAACUAAUCUCUAUGGGAUUGAAUAAUUUUCUUGUCAUUGGAGAUGUUUAUCGCAGGGAUGAGAUAGAUAGAGUACAUUAUCCUGUUUUUCAUCAAGCCGAUGCUGUUAGAUUGUGUACAACAGAAGAAGUUUUUCAAAACACAAACAAUUUGAAUGAGUUAAAACUGUUUGAACACAGAGGAAUAGAAAAUAAUGAAAAACAAGGAUGUCAUACGUUAGAAGCUGUUAAAAUAAUGGAACACAAUUUAAAGAAUACCUUGACUGGAUUAGCACAGACACUUUUUGGUCAAAAUGUUCAGUUGAAAUGGGUGGAACAAUAUUUUCCUUUUACUCAUCCAUCAUGGGAAUUAGAAGUAUUUUAUAAUGAUCAAUGGCUAGAACUAUUAGGAUGUGGAAUCAUGCGCCAGGAAAUUCUGCAAAAUGGAGGAGCAGGAGAACGUAUCGGAUGGGCCUUUGGUUUAGGUUUAGAAAGAAUAGCAAUGUGUUUAUACGAUAUUCCUGACAUUAGAUUGUUUUGGACCAAUGAUACUGGUUUCUUAAAUCAAUUUAUAUUCGAAGAUGCUAAUACUACGGUUAAAUAUAAGCCUGUUAGCAUCUAUCCACAGUGCAAAAAUGAUAUAAGCUUUUGGUUGCCCAAAGACGGGAAUUAUUCGUCGAAUGAUUUUUACGACAUUGUAAGAGAUAUAGCUGGCGAUGUGGUAGAACAAAUUAUAUUAAAGGAUACGUACUCUUGUCCUAAAAGAAAUCAAGUGUCACAUUGUUAUACUAUAGUGUACAGACAUAUGGGACGGACACUCAUAAAAGCAGAAAUCAAUUGUCUGCAUAAUAAAAUAAAGGAAAUCGCUACUGCGAAAUUAAACAUAUCAGUUAGAUAAACAAAUAUAAUAAAUAUGUUUGAAAAUGUAGGCUUGUCCAUCAAUAUUACCUAAAUACCAUAACAUUGAAUACUACAUAAUACCAAUUAUCAGAUUAUCCAAAGUAAAAAACUUGGUCAGACGAA